AUGUACAGCAAUACUGAAUGGACUAAUAAUGAAGCAAGUCGAACAAAAUUAUGGUUGUCACAACAAGGUUACAUAGACGAUCCUUUUGUUAAGAAUUUUUGUCAAAAUCCAAUGAAAAGAGCACCUGAAAUCAAUCGAGGUUAUUUUGCACGAGUUUACUCCAUAACUCACUCAGUCAAACGUUUUUGUUUGAAAGAUGGCGCUAAUUGUCAGAUCGUAAAUAUUGGUUCAGGAUUUGAUACACUUUUUUGGAGGUUAAUAAAAAAUUCUGACAUCCAGUUUAACCGUUAUGUUGAUAUAGAUACAAAUGAAGUUAUUGAUUAUAAAAUUCGAACCAUACUUAAAAAUGAAGAAUUGCUUCAAUUCUGUGGCAAGGUGGAAAAAUCAUCACCAUCACAGUUUAUCUCUGAACGUUAUAAUGCUAUAGCAUUGGAUGCGACAAAAGCAAUGCAAUUGGUGAGACAAUUAUUACAGGAAUGUCGAAUAAAUAAAACGGAUCCCAUUAUUUUCAUCUUUGAGUGUGUUCUUCUCUAUUGGCCCGAAGAAUCGACCACUAAUCUAAUCUAUACGUUAAACAAAACGUUCACCAAUUGUAAUUUCGUCAUAUUUGAUCUAGUUAAUACUAAGGAUAAAUUUUCCGAUUUGAUGCAACAAUCAUUGGUCGAACAACAAACACCAUUACUUGGUGCCAAUUCUUUUCGAACGAUUGAUGAUUGGCAGACAAAAUUGUCGAAAAUGAAAUGUUCACAUGUACAUGCCUGGAUUAUGAAUGAUGUAUAUUAUAAAUUAAUCCAACAAAAUGAACGUGAACGUAUUGAAAAGAUUGAAUUUUUUGAUGAAAUUGAAUUAAUGUUACAAUUAUUCAAUCAUUAUUGUUUGGUCAUGGCAAGUAAUUAUUCGAAUUUCGAUUGGUAAAUCGUUUUUGGAAAUGCGUACAAGAAUAAUUUUCAGAAUGAAUCGAUGUGAUUAGAAAUUGAAUUAAAUUUUUUAAAAAAUGUAAAAAAA